AUGGGAAACACUGUGGCUCAUAUUUUUGAUGAUGAAAGCAAACACUCGAGCGACAUUGAGAACUGCGAUGAUACCAGUGGCUACACUUCGGAUUCCUCGUCGAGCAGCGAUGGAAAUACCGGAUAUAGACAGAAGACUGUGAACGAGAUUGACGAGGAACUCUUCAUCCGCGGCAAUCCCAAUGAUCCAUAUAUCGUCGAGAAGAGAAUGAUAACUGGAACAAACUCCUGGACUUAUCAUAUUCGCCCACGAGAAAAAGUGAUCAAGUGA